GCGGAUGCGGCGUGGGAUCCACGUCAGAUGUGAGCAGCAGUUCACAGAAUCUUCGAACAAAAACGACGGGAAAUGCAAGCAACUACCGAAGUCAAGGUGCUGGGAGAAGCUGGCAGGAAACUGAAAAUAAUCCACAAGCUUCAACCGAAAGAAGUUUGAAAAACAACGAUCAAAUGACAAGAAGAGCCGAAGAUCAAACGAAUGGUGAUAUCGAUGAUUUGUCGACGAUGAACGCGGAUCGAAAUGAGAGUAAUGGAGGCAGCAAAUCGUGCUCUGCACCUGCACCGCCGCUUAUAGAAGAGGCUGGUUCCAAACCCGCGCUUGUCCCAACUUCUCCGUCUCGCAUCUCCGGGCAGCGAACCAAACGAAAGCGGACGCAAAGCUGCACGUUUUGCCAAAACCACGGCUUCACGAUGCCGAAGCCAGGCCACCAAUGCCCUAAUACUAAGUGUCAGUGUUUGUUGUGUCGCCUUACGAGGAUAGCGAGGAUUGUUAUGAAACACCAACAGGCGCUAUGGAGACAUCAGGCAAAAGAACUCAACAAAGCAAAACUUGGCCACUUGGCUAAGUUACGUCAGGUUUGUGACAAGUGUCGGAACCACAACCAGUUUCCCAAAAAACGAGGCCACUCUAUUUGCCCGUUUGAGCAAUGCACGUGCCCUUACUGCACACUCACAGACAAACGACGCUAUGUUAUGAUGCACCUGCAGAGGAUCCGAAGGGCACAAGUCACUGCUAUGGCAGUUUUUGAAUCUGAUGAAGACGACAUGGAAACCGAAGACACAGAUCAUGGUCGAGGAUCUAGCAAAGAAAAUUUCGACUUCCCAGCCGAGGGUCGAGAAGUUGCGGCUGUCAUCGAGGGCGUGACGAAGGCGUUGAGAGCUCUGCCAUCUCCGGUCAGGAAACUAUCAUCGCAAACUGCAGCUGAUCAUGAAACUCUGGACCUAUCUCAAGAAGCUUCAGGAGAAUCAGAAGAAGCAUUGGAUGAAUCGCAAGAAGAAUUAAAAGAAGAUUUGGACGAGUCGCAAGAUGAAAUAGAAGAAACGCUGAAGGCUUUGGACGCAACUCCCGAAGUAACAUCAAUGGAUGCUACAUAAGCAGAACCUCGUGAUGUGAGUUCAGAGCUCGAUAACAGCUUGUGAGGUUAAAUAAAUGGACUACUUUAACUUUAUGUCAUGUCAUCUACCAAAUUUACUAAUAUUAGACUCCAUGAUACGUUUAAUAUUCGCCUGAUAUAAAUAUUUCUGUUUGUUGUAAAUAAUCUUAAGUUUUAAACCGCAAUGAGACAGUAUUGAUUGAGAUUAGAUUAGAUAAUUUCCCAAUUAUCUAAUUUUAUUUCGAAUAAAAUUAGUGCAGCAAUGUCAUACUUCAGCAAAUUUUUUCGUAAAUGUUGAGGUCAAGAACGGAAAAUGUGAACGACGCUUCGCUGUCAGUAGAGAAGCAGGCCUGAAAUGCCCUUCGAAAUUUUCGUGUCCAUUCUGAAAUUUCACAGAUCAAAUUCGCGAGUCAAAAUAAUCAAAUAACUUCUAAUAUUAUUUGUUUCUCCUCAGGUCAAGAACGAAUUCAUAAAUGCAAAUCAUUUUAAAAUCCUCAUGAAAAGUUCAUUUUCAAAGUACUAAUGUAGAUACUUCUUUUGUAAUUAUAUUAUUACCAUGUACAUAUAUGUACGUCAUUA